CCUGACCAUGCUUCUCCACUUCUGAAGAGAAGAGGCCAUGCUGUCCUGUGUCUUGUUCCUUUCCAAGCAUAUCAGCACUUCGCUGGUGUCCCUGCGCAGCGCGCGCCUUGGCUUCGCUCUCCCGCGGCGCUGGGCCACCGGGAGCCCCUGGGUUCCGCGGCCCGCCGCUCCCCUCCGACCCCGGGCAGCAGCCGCCUCCUCCAGGACUCUCUCCGGGUCCGCCUCCGCCCCCUCCCGGGUGCGCCAGAACUUCCACCCGGACUCUGAGGCCGCCAUCAACCGCCAGAUCAACCUCGAGCUCUAUGCGUCCUACGUGUACUUGUCCAUGGCCUACUACUUCUCCAGGGACGACGUGGCCUUGAACAACUUCGCUGGGUAUUUCCUUCGCCUGUCCCGGGAGGAGACCCAGCACGCAGAGAUGCUGAUGAGGCUGCAGAACCAGCGGGGAGGCAGGAUCAACCUGCAGGACAUCAAGAAACCGGACAGGGACGACUGGAAGAGCGGGCUGAACGCCAUGGAGUGUGCUCUGCUCUUGGAGAAGAAUGUGAACCAGUCGUUGCUGGAAUUGCACUCUCUGGCCUCAGAUAAAGGUGACCCCCAUUUGUGCGACUUCCUGGAAGCUCACUAUCUAAAUGAUCAGGUGAAGUCUAUCAAAGAACUAGGUGACCACGUGCACACCUUGAUUACGAUGGGGGCCCCAGAUUGUGGCCUGGCAGAGUACCUUUUUGACAAACAUACCCUUGGAAAUGAAAACAAUCAGGACUAAGCCACAGGCUGCCUUCCCCACCACCCAGGGUGUGCCAGGACCCAGAAUCAACUGUUUCCUGCUUUCUUGCCCUUAAAAGGCACUUCUACCUUUAUAUUCCUCUAAUAAAGUGAUUUGCAGAGAAAAUGAAGUUAGCCCAUAUUAACAAGGCUUUUUGACCAGCAAUUUUCCCAGCCAGAAAGGAAGCCCAGGAUACUAUGGUAUAAAAAAGACUGCAAAAAAGUGACUAAAAGUAGGUGUAAAAACAAAUUUCUUCAGUUACCAAAUAUAUUCCAGACCAUGGAUCCUCACUAAACGUUGGUGAUUUUCAACUCAACAAAUGCCUGUUAUUUUCAAGACUUUAUGCUAAAGUGGGAAAAUGUGUAAGAUAAAUAUACCAAUAGCUAUAACAAGAUGAAGAAUGCAUAUAGUACUGUCAAAAUCAGACAUGCAAAAUUCUAUGACAACGUUUACUCCUUUCCAAAGUGUGUCUCAAGAAACAAUAAUGUCUGGAGAUGAUCUGUUUUUUAAAAAGAUUUUGUGAUCAAAUAAAUUUAAGACAAGCUACAUAAGGUAUCAGUGCUGGCCUUAGAAAGUCACAGUGUAAGCAUUUUAAGGGCUCUGGGAAGUCUUGCAAUUAAAACAAAGCAAAG